AUCCAUUUCCAAAAGUUUAUUGCCAUUUGAAUGAAUGUAACUAACACGUACACCCCAUUGCCCAUUUCUUUCGCCAUUUUCGUUUCACUUUCUCUUUCUAUUCACAUCAACCACAAAAAUUCAUUCUUUUCCAUUUUCCUAAUCUGGGUUUUCUUCCUAAUCCUUCAUUCCAUUGCAUUACAACACACUAAUAAGCUUAUAGUGAUUCAAUGCUAUUUGUAGAUCUUUCAAAUUUGUCCUAGUAGAAUAGUUUUGCAUGAAAAUGUUGACAAAGUUUAGUUUUUUAUGGUGUAUUUGGAUUUUUCUUUGUGGGUCUUGUUGUAUGGGAAGAUUUGUGGUAGAAAAAAACAAUUUGAAAAUCACUUCUCCAAAAUCAUUGAGAGGUGUUUAUGAAUGUGCAAUUGGGAAUUUUGGGGUUCCAAAAUAUGGUGGAACCAUGAUUGGAACAGUUGUUUACCCUAAGUUUAAUCAGAAUGGAUGCCACAGAUUUAAUGAUGCUGAUACAUCCUUGAGUUCCAAGCCUGGAAGCUUCCCUUCCUUUGUUCUUGUUGAUCGCGGAGAUUGUUACUUCACUUUGAAGGCAUGGAAUGCUCAAAUGGGUGGAGCAGCAGCGAUUCUUGUUGCGGAUGACAGAGUAGAACCAUUGAUCACUAUGGACACUCCUGAAGAAGGGACCGGUGCUAAUGCCGAUGAUUAUAUUGAAAAGAUUACAAUUCCAUCUGCUCUUAUCAGCAAAUCACUCGGCGACAAUAUCAAGAAGGCUCUCUCGAGUGGAGGAAUGGUGAACGUGAAUCUCGAUUGGAGAGAAGCACUUCCACACCCCGACGAGAGAGUUGAAUAUGAGUUAUGGACGAGUAGCAACGAUGAGUGUGGUCCAAAGUGUGAGAGUGAGAUUAACUUUUUGAGGAGUUUUAAAGGCGCGGCUCAAUUACUUGAGCAAAAGGGGUACACUCGGUUUACGCCUCACUAUAUAACUUGGUAUUGUCCAGAAGCAUUCAUCUUAAGCCAACAGUGUAAAGCUCAGUGCAUUAAUAAUGGGAGGUACUGUGCACCGGAUCCUGAGCAAGAUUUUAGUAGAGGCUAUGAUGGAAAAGAUGUUGUUGUUCAAAAUUUGCGCCAAGCUUGCUUCUUUAAAGUUGCUAACGAUAGUGGUAAGCCUUGGCAAUGGUGGGACUAUGUUACCGACUUUGCAAUCCGAUGUCCAAUGAGAGCACAUAGAUACACCGAAGAAUGUUCCGAUCAAGUUGUUCAAUCUCUUGGUGUUGAUUUGAAAAAGAUUAAAGAAUGCAUGGGGGAUCGCAACGCAAACAUUGAAAAUCCUAUCCUUAAGGCUGAACAGGAUGCACAGAUUGGACACGGUACUCGUGGCGAUGUUACAAUACUACCCACUCUUGUUAUAAACAACAGACAAUAUAGAGGCAUGCUGUCGAAAGCAGCGGUAUUGAAAGCAAUCUGUGCAAGUUUCCAAGAGACUACUGAGCCAUCAAUUUGCUUAACUCCAGACAUGGAAACAAAUGAGUGUUUGGUAAACAAUGGUGGUUGUUGGCAAGACAAAGCUGCCAACAUUACAGCAUGCAGGGACACUUUCCGGGGAAGAAUAUGCGAAUGCCCUAUUGUACAAAAUGUGAAGUUUGUUGGUGAUGGAUAUAUUCAUUGCGAAGCUAGUGGACCUUUGAGGUGUGCAGUCAACAACGGAGGUUGUUGGCAGGGAUCCCAAAGCGGUCGGGCUUACUCUGCUUGUAUCGACGAUCAUACAAAAGGUUGCAAGUGUCCACGUGGAUUCAGAGGCGACGGAGUCCACUCAUGUGAAGAUGUGGAUGAGUGCAAAGAGAAAUUGGCAUGCCAGUGCCCAGAGUGCAGCUGCAAAAACACCUGGGGGAGUUACGAAUGCUCAUGUAGUAACGGUUUGUUCUAUAUGCGCGAAAGUGACAUGUGUAUUGGCAAGUAUAGUGCUUCGGUGUCGAACGGGGGAUUCAUUUGGAUGCUUAUACUGAUAUUAGGUAUUGGUGGCGCUGGCGGAUAUGCAUUCUACAAGUACAGAAUCCAGAGAUAUAUGGAUUAUGAGAUAAGAGCAAUAAUGGCGCAAUAUAUGCCAUUGGAUAAUCAACCGGAGAACUUAAAUCAAGUUCAGCAUGCUGUGUAGAAAUAGCAGAAGAUGAUGCAGAAGAUUAUUAUAGUAAAAGUCAUAUUUCUAUGCAAAGACCAAAUGAAAUUUGUGACGUUCUCUACACUACACUCUAUAGCUAGAUGUUUAGUUAUUGUUAUUAUAUCAAUUAAUACGAAAUUAAGCUAUUCUACA